AGCAGGUACUUCUCUAAGCGGGACAUCCGACCAGAGGGGCACAGACCCCUUUCUACCACUUCCACCAUGUCACACCAGCAUAUUUUCCAUUCAGCAGACAGCUUCGGCUCUACAAAUGACACACAGAACAGGGAUCAAGACAUUCUUUUCUCAUCUCCGGAGGAGGACAGCAGUCUGUAUUUUACUUACAGCGGAGGUCGCAAUGAAGUGGAAGUCCGCAAUCUCAACUAUGAGGUGGACAUCGCAGCACAGAUCCCCUGGUAUGAGAGGCUGUCAGAGUUUAAGAUGCCCUGGGAGAUGCACAGCAACAAGCAAACAGUCAUAAAGGACCUAAACCUACGUGUUCACAGUGGCCAGAUGCUUGCUGUCAUUGGCAGCUCAGGUUGUGGGAAGACCUCCUUACUAGACAUCAUAACAUGUAGAGAUGAGGGUGGCACCAUGAAUUCAGGAGAGAUUUUGAUCAACGGGAAAACUUCCACACGUUCCCUGGUGAAGAAAUGUAUUGCUCACGUGCGGCAGGAUGACCGCUUGUUACCGCAUCUCACGGUACGAGAGACGCUGGCUUUUGUGGCCAAACUACGGCUACCUGCGCACUUCACCCAAGAACAGAGAGAUCAGCGGGUGGACGAUGUCAUCGCAGAGCUGCGUCUGAGGCAGUGCGCGCACACGCGUGUGGGAAACGACUAUGUGAGGGGGGUGUCCGGUGGUGAGAGGAGGAGGGUUAGCAUCGCUGUACAGCUACUCUGGAAUCCAGGUAUUCUCAUCCUAGAUGAGCCUACUUCAGGUCUGGACAGCUUCACGGCCCAUAAUUUGGUCAUUACAUUGUACCGUCUGGCUCGAGGCAACCGUCUGGUGUUGCUGUCAGUCCAUCAGCCUCGUUCAGAUAUCUUUCAGCUCUUUGACCUGGUAGUGCUCUUGUCUUCUGGUUCAGCCGUGUACUGCGGUCAGGCCAAGGACAUGGUACCUUACUUUACUUCUCUCGGGUACCCCUGUCCACGAUACUGCAAUCCUUCUGACUACUACGUGGACUUGAUAAGCAUUGAUCGGCGCACUCCUGAACUAGAAGCACAAUGUCUGGAGAAAGCCAGGAUAUUGGCAGCCCAGUUCAUAGAGAAGGUGAGGAACACAGAGGAUUUCAUGUGGAAAACUGAAGAUUGCAGUUCUCCGACACUGGAUGCCCCUCAGAGCACAAGAGCAGAUGAUGCCGCCAGCAGUGUUCCCAUCUCAAAGAAGGAAUCAGUGAUCACAGUUUCCAAACAGAAGGAUCGCCUGCCGGGACAAUUUCAACAGUUUGCAAUCCUAAUCAGACGACAGGUAUUUAAUGACUACAGGAACCUGGUGACAUUGGUGGUUCAUGGUUUGGAAGCCUUGCUAAUGUCACUGCUCAUCGGUUUUCUUUACUUCGGGGCUGGGGAUGAGGGUCUUUCCGUCCAAGAUACGGUUGCUUUGCUCUACAUGAUAGGAGCUCUGACCCCCUUUGCUGUGGUGCUGGACGUCAUUGCAAAGUGUCAUUCAGAAAGAGCCAUGCUUUAUCAUGAAUUGGAAGAUGGCAUGUACUCCGUCACCUCAUACUUUUUUGCCAAGAUUCUUGGAGAGCUGCCAGAGCACUGUGUCUUUACGCUGGUAUACGGUGUGCCCAUCUACUGGUUGGCUGGGCUCAACAGCGCUCCUGACCGCUUCCUGCUCAACUUCCUGUUGGCGUGGCUGAUGGUGUAUUGUAGCCGCUGCAUGGCACUAUUUGCGGCGGCAGCCCUGCCAACAUUGCAGACUUCGUCUUUCAUGGGCAACGCACUCUUCACGGUCUUCUACCUGACAGCUGGCUUUGUCAUUAGUCUGGAAAACAUGUGGCUGGUGGCGUCUUGGUGUUCUUACAUAUCCUUCAUGCGCUGGGGUUUUGACGGAAUGCUGCAGGUUCAGUUUCAUGGGACCAGAAUCCCAGUCACUAUUGGAAACCUUACUGUAGAAUUCGAUGGUAUUAAGGUUGUGGAGAUGAUGGACAUGAACCAGUAUCCACUGUAUGCCAGCUACCUGGUGCUUAUUGCCGUUGUUUUGUUUUUCAUCCUGCUCUAUUAUCUGUCGCUCAGAUUCAUUAAACAGAAAUCCAGUCAGGACUGGUGAGGAGGACAAAGUGUCCAUCCACAGACCUUAUUAAACCAGCUCUAGUUGUCAAGUCCAAAUAUGACUCUCUCCAAAACAAAUAUGUUAUGUCAAAUAUGUUGAGUGCAUAUAUAUACUAGUCAAAGUAACAUUGUACUAACACUAACUGCCGCUGGAUGGCAGUAAUGUACUAUGUUUCCAUACACUUUUAAGUUUACUUAAUUACUUGUUUUUUGGUUCUGGUAAACCAGCAGAGCUCAUGUUUGGUAGAAGGUUUUCAACAAAUUUACUGCAGCAUGUCACAUGCCGAUUUAUUUACAUGUAUAAUCAUAUUUUUGUAUGUAUAAUAUUAUUAUUCAACAGUGUACUACUACAGGAGCUUUGAAAGCUUUUUUUCUUUUACAGAUUUAGAAACUUUUUAGAAACUGAUUCAAACAUUACUUGUAUUGAGGAAUA